AUGAACAUGAAGAUCGCGGCCCUGGAGAAGGGAACCACCCCAGAGGAAAGUUUCAGACUAGGCCAACAUCCUUUUACGGUUGAGCUCAUGAGGGACGAGCUUCUUAAGGGCUUUAAGCCCCCUACGUUCGAGGCUUAUGAUGGGAAAGUCGAUCCCAAUGACCAUAUCAGUUACUUCAACUCCAUGAUGACGGUCUAUGGCGGGUCCGAUGUGGUGUCGUGUCACUCUUUCCCCACCUCUCUCAAGGGGCCCGCGGCACUAUGGUUCGCGAAACUGAAGCCCAACUCCAUCCAAAGCUUCACCGAGUUGGCCAAGGCCUUUGUAAGUCGCUUCCAGAGUAGCGUGAAGAAAAAGAAGACCGCAACCAAUCUUUUAGCCGUCAAGCAACGUUCUGAUGAGUCCAUCAGAGAUUAUAUCACCCGCUUCAACGCGGAGAGCCUAGAGAUUAAGGACCUAGACGAUGCUAUGGCCUUCAACGCCCUGCAUAAUGGGGUCACCAACCACGACCUGGUGAAGUCGCUCGCACUGGACCCAAUGACGACCAUGCUGCAGCUACUGGAUCGCUGCUACCAAUAUGCCAACAUGUUUGAUAUCAUGAAGGCAAGAAAGGCAGUGGAUGGCAAGGCCCCUAAGAAAAGGAGGGCAAGCGAGAAAGAUGAGAAGAAGGGCACUAAGAGAGCGAGGUUUGAUAGAGACCAAAGUCCUGAUUACACCCCACUCAAUACCACCAAGACCAAGAUCCUGAUGGAGGACUACGACCGGGGCCUACUGCAAUGGCCUAGGCCGAUGUUCUCAAAUCCCGAGGACAGAAACAAGAACAAAUACUGCAAGUUCCAUAAAGAUGUAGGGCACGAUAUUGAGGACUGCAGAGGAGUGACAGAAAUAGAGGACGUGAUCCAGAAGGGCCACCUGAAGCAUUAUGUCAAAGGAGAUAUGAAAGAGAACUCUAGAGGUCGUGAAGCUGUAAGAAACGAUCGCAGAGGAGACAAUAGAGCUCGUAGAAGAGAUGAUCGAGGUCGUCAGGAUGACCGGCGUGACGAUCACAGGGAGGUCCGUAGAAACCAGGACGAGGGCAACAUGUCCAUGGCCCCUGCUAUCCUCACCAUACUGGGAGGACCGGGUCAAGAGUUGGCACGCAAGGCUAAGGCAAAAGCGCGAUUCGUGGUGGUAGCUGAGGUCCCCGAAAAGAAAGCAUGA